UUGAAAUUCUCUGUUCAACUUUUCAACAAGAAUGUUUUCCACCAUUUAGAACGUUUUUCUUUUCUUUCAAACUCCAUGAAAAUGACUGAGAAAAUGUGCUCGAUUCUAAAUUGUAACCUUAUGUUAAACUUUCUUCUAUUCGUUAUUCCAAUUUUUUCUACAAACUUUUUCGUUUCGACAUUUAAAUUAUACAGUAAAUAUCAACGGAAGUGCGAAGAAAUUUAUCUCCCUGUUUGCAAAGAGAUUCGAGUUAAUAAUAAUAAUGUUAGUACUUCUUCCUCAUCUUCUACUGUUUCCAAAGUGUUAAAUAAUAAUAGCCAUCAAAUGGACCAAGAGAUUUACCAAUGUUGGAAUUUGAUGAGAGUUAAUUGUUCAGAUGAUUUAAAGUUUUUUCUAUGCUCCAUGUACACACCAAUGUGUGAAGAAGAUCAUCAAUCAGUAUUACCCAUUUACCGGUCAGUCUGUGAAAGAGUUAAAAGUGAUUGUGAAGUGGACAUAUUUAAAUUCGGUUUCCCUUGGUCAGAAUUCAUGGAUUGUAAUAUUUUCCCUUCGUACGGUUUAAUGGAUAAACUUUGUCUAGAUAAUAAUAGUGAUAAUACCAAGGAAGUUUCGACUUUAUCAACAACUUCUUCGCCAGUUUUAUCGUCAUCAGUAACGUCAUUGUCACCAUUUCUACCGUCCAGUUCAUCGAUCAAAUCAGCAUCAUCAACUCAUGAGAACAGAAAUCAGUUAAAAGUCUUAGCGGGACAUAGAAUCACCUUGGUGUGUAAUAUAACAUUUCCUGCAAAUGACCACAUCCUUUUGAUACUUUGGUACAAAGGUGAUAUCAAUGGGUCGCCAAUUUAUACUAUUGACGGAAGAUACAAGAAUCAAAUUGAGGAAGCUGAACAUUUUAAGAGUUCGGACCUUGGGGAAAGAGCUUAUGUCGAUAUUAAAAGUCUACCGGUUACACUGACCAUUGAUCCUGUUCUAGCUUCUGAUGAUGGACUCUACUUUUGUCGAGUGGACUUUAAAUGGGCUCGAACCUCGGCAACCUCAAUUAGGUUAAAUGUAUUAGUACCUCCAAGCAAAUUGACUAUAACCAAUGUAAAUGGAAUACCUUUCCGUAAGUUUGCUGGACCCUUUAACCAAGGUGAAACUGCAUUGAUAAAAUGUUUUGCUUUCGGAGGUAAACCAACACCAAGUUUAAUUUGGUAUCAAGAUGAUAAAAUUAUUGACGAUUCAUUUAAUUCAACGGAUUCAUCAUCAUCCUCAUCAUUAACUAUCGUUGAAAAUACUUUAAUUAUUAACAAUUUACAACGAAAUCAUUUAUUUCAAGAUAUUACAUGUAAAUCUCACCAUGAAGCCUAUGGAUCAUCAAUGAGCUCAGUUUCCCUUGAAGUUAAUUUAAAACCGUUAUCAGUAAUGAUCACCAGCCUUCAAUCAACUCAUGUAGUUGGCCUUAAAUCUAAGUUUACCUGUACUACCCAUGGCUCAAGACCUCCACCAAUUAUCUCAUGGUAUUUGAAUAACAGAACUCUUGCCUACUCAAGAGAAAGUUAUUCUGAAGAUGGUAACUAUUCAAGUAGCACCUUAGAACUGACCAAUUCAAGGUCAAUGGAUGGAUCAGUCUUAAUCUGUCGAGCUGUCAAUAAACGUAUUCCUGGUUCAGGUCUACAAUAUGAACUUAAACUUGAUAUCAAAUAUUCUCCCAUUUGUAAGGACAAUCAACGAGUUAAUUAUCCCGCCUCAAUUGGUGAACUAAUUGAUAUUACCUGUGAAAUAAUUGCCAAUCCAAAUGAAGUGACCUUUACCUGGACCAAAAAUUACAACGAAACAGUUGAUUCAACCCUAAAACAAUCAACAACCCAAUACCAAACAACGUUACCAACAAUUGUCCAAUCGUUAGCACCAAUAUCAACCACCGUCAUUCCCAAAAUCCCCACUGGCACCGAAACAAUUAUCAGUACAAUCUCAUCCAGUAAUCUAAUUAAAAGUGUAUUAAAGGUUAAUGUUGAAUCAACAAGUGACUUUGCUGUUUACUCAUGUAAAGCUGAAAACACCAUAGGAAUCACAUUGGAACCCUGUUCGUAUACAAUUGAACCUCAAGAUCCACCAUCAAGGCCUAAAUAUUGUUCCAUUAUGGAACAUGGAGUUUACCUUUCCAUUGAUUGUAUUCCAGAUGAAUCAUCACCUCCAGUUGAUUAUUACAUCUUAGAAGCUUAUGAAUAUGAUAAUAAUAAUCACCAUAAUCAUCUUAACCAUGAUGGCGAUGAUGAGGUUGGUUUAUUUGGUAGUGAUGGUCAAGAGCCAGUGGACAAAGCAAAUGAAACAAAUUUACCUGUUUUCCAAUUGUCCAAACUUGAGCCAAAUGCUUCCUACAUAUUGGUCACUUAUGCUGUUAACAGAAUUGGAAAAAGUUCUGACCUGAUUAUCCCAUUGAGAAAAGCGAAAUCAACUUCAUCUCAUCUCCAUGUACCUCGAGUGAAAGAAGUUCAAUUAAAAGAUUCCGAUCCAAUCAGUCCGAUGUUUGGUACAAUUUCAUUAAUAUUAAUUUUUACCUGUUCGAUAAUCUUAUCAAUUCUGUGCCUUUUAAUUAUUCUGAUCCGAUGGAAAUUAAAUAAGAAACAUGAAGCAAGAGUAAAGAGUAAACAAAAUGAUUCAAGGAUUAAUGUUGAAAAUGAUCAAUCUGAUAAUCAUAUUAAUGAUGAUCAGAAUGAUGAUAAUAAUUGUCAGGGUGGAGAUGGAAUCGUUGAUGAUAUUAAUCAUGAUGUUCAUGGUGAGGAUUCUGUUAAUGUUGCCAUGGUCGUUGAUUAUCAGCUUAAUUGUUGUGAUCUGGAAAAUAAAUUAUCCGCUUGUGAAUCAAAUCGUAAUCCUGAUGUUAUACCAUUCAAAGAACCAGAUUUAGAUGAUAUCAAGGAGAGUUUCAAAUCAGGAGCAAUUGUAAUUCCAGAGGCUUUUCUUACACAGGCUUAUAUUCAAUUUAAUGGUGAAAUUAUUGAGACAAUUAAUUGUUCACCAUCAAGAAAAUUGGAAAUUAUUGGUGAAAAUAUUGCUAUUACCAAUUGUGCCCAGGAAAGUUAUCGUUCAACUCCAGUUUAAAUUGUGAUUAAGAUCAUAUUUGUUGGUUAACCAAUUGAGAUAAUAAUUUAUAAAUCACAAUUGCCUUAAUCUUUAUUAUGCCUUUAAGUUAAUUG